AUGAGCCGCAAGCGCAUGCGCGCGGAGGAUAUACACUACUGGUUGUUGAAAUCAGAGCCUCACAAGUUCUCCAUCGACGACUUGGCGAAGCAGAAAACCUCUGCAUGGGAUGGGGUACGCAACUACGCUGCACGAAACAACAUGCGUGCAAUGGCAGUCGGCGACAAGGCGCUUUUCUACCAUAGCAAUACAAAGGAGCCAGGAGUUGCUGGGAUUGCUGAGGUAGUGCGGUUGGCGUACGACGACUUUACUGCUCUGGAUAAGACAUCAGAGUACUUUGACCCAAAAGCUACGAAGGAGAAAAACCCAUGGCAGAUGGUGGAUGUGAAGUUUGUGGAAAAGUGGAACGCUGUCGUGACACUGCAGGCGAUGAAGUCGCGUAGGGAGCUGCAGAAGAUGGCUCUCUUCACACAGUCACGCCUGAGCGUACAGCCGGUGGGCGCGGCAGAGUACGCAUAUGUGUUGCGCAUGAAUGAGGAGCAGGCGCAAACAUAG